GAUCUCCCGAUAGCUCCGCCCAGUUUCCAUAGUGACGGCAACAACGCACUUGGAGCAGUGACCUCCGCUCUGUGAGCAGGUGACGGUGAAGUUGUGAGAUGUCGUCUGUAGAGAAGAGCGGCGCCCCUGUCCUGGACAUCAUUGAGGCUAAGUCUCCAGCCAAUCGGUAUCUUGUUCAAUUAUUGGAGGACAGGGGUGCGGUGUCUUUUCGGCCCCCGUCGGAGGAGAGAGUUCAGCUGGUGUUCGAUGUCCUGGAUUCAUUGAUCCCACAGCUGGGCGUCUUCUGCAGGGUAUUGGGGCUCAUCCGAGAGGAACUACAAGGUGCCGUGUACAGUCAUCCUAUACAGAGUCCUCAGGUCCUGGCACAGAGUCGGGGGGCGGCUGCUGUCCCUUACUUCAGUCUGGUGCAGCGGAUGCAGAGCGAACGGAAUGAAGAUGUGGACGCAGUGAGAGCGGAACUCCAUAGGGUUAAUGCCAUCUUGUCAAUGAGAGAUGAGGAGUUGAGGUUUCUGAAGGAGGAGAUCUGCAACAUCCAGAAGAGCAACCGGAUAUUACAAGACUCCGUCACCGCUCUGCGACUGGAGGCCGAAAAGAACCAAAGAAAGUGCGGAGAGUUAGAAGAGGAACUCCGCCUGCGAGAGACAAAGCUAGUGCUGGAGAAUCAAAGCAACAAACAGACUUUGAGCGAUCUCUGUGAACGGCUUCAGGCUUCCACCGUCAUGAUACAGAAGAUGACGCAGGUCACCCAGGACUAUCGAGCCCUCCAGACAGUUUUCCAGUCUCCGCUGAACAGAAAGAAGCAGAACAUGUUGUCCUCUGUGGGGAAGGUUCCUUCUGACAGGGCGGCCGCCUCCUCGACAUAUAUGUCCACCUACCUGCAUGCAACAGGACACAUAUAUGAGCAGCUUCUGCAUGUCCAGAACAGAGUCAUGAAUGAUUUCGAUCACUAUUUGGAAAAGUGCAUCAAUGCUUCAGAAACAGACCUGUCCCCUCCACCGCUGGAUAAAGAGAUACAAAGGGCGUUCCUGAGCAGAUUGGCUGAGAUCUCAGAAGAACUAUUACUCCUGGAGCAGCAGAGAGAAGCGUUAGAGCAGCGCAACGCAUCCUGCAGGGAGGUCUCGUCACGGACACACAAUGUGGAGACCAGAGAUCCCCCGCGGCCCGAGCACACAGGGUCCCAGGAGAAGGUGGAAGAGCGGAGCGUUAAAUGGUUCCUCUCCCAGGCUCUGUAUCCCGACGAAAUGCUGCUGAAUCGCUACGCGGUCAUGAUCUACACCAGUACCGACAAUGGCGGCAUCUUCGAGGAGAUGGAAGGAGCUGCUGUGUGUAACAGCUGCGGAGAGAAGACCAUUUUGUGCCCUCAUAAAGUGGCAAGAAGUCUGGAGAUUUGUCUGCCCAGGAGCUGCACUCACAUCAAGAUCUGCAGACCCCGAGCCCACAUGGCCACUAUGGAGGCCAAGAUUGAACGAAGCAGAGGGAUUCCCCUGGCGCCCCCUUCAGGAAGAGCAGCACAAAUAACUGACAAGUCUCUAGAAGAUCUGGAAAUGCCACCACCUGUAGUGACAUCUUUGGGGGGCCGGUGUCAUGACACAAAUUUCUGUACAUUUGAGAAGGAUUUGGAGAAGCAGCUACAGCGGAGAAAAGCGGCUCCCCGGAUGUUAUCUCAGGAGCUCUGUCACUCCCUGGCUCAACGUCUCUUCUUUUCCAUCACUCUCCAGCUGGAGGGUAAAUCUCCAACUCUCCCGAUCCAGGAGACAGUACGGCAGUUCUUCACCGAUCGCUACAUUAACAGAGACAUUAUCGCAUAUGGACUUGUAGACUUCUGGACCUCGCUGAAAAGAGAUUCCUCCGAUAGUAAGGUCUUGGAUCUUCUGAGGUCAGUGCUGGAAGGUGACAUGGAUCCUGCCAUAUUGUACUAUGUCCUUCUCAAAGCAGAGAUGGUGACAACUUCUCCGUUAUCAGAUAUGAGCCACUUCACACAAUGUGUCCACAAGCUCUACCCGUUCCUGGAGGAGAUGGAGAAGGAAAGUCUGGUGCUGGGGUUUACCGGCUACAGCCAGAGAUGUGUGUCGCCUCCUACUGUCAUGGGGUUCAUCUUACAUCUGGUUCUGCAGCACCAAGAGCCACUGAUCAGAGAGUGUGAAGAUGUGUUGUCUACCCAUGUGAAGACUCGUGCCGGACAUCUGACUCCGGGUGAACUGUCCGAGGCCUUCACCGAGCUCUGUCCUCUUCUCAGCAGAACGCAGAUUGAGACGUCCAUCCAGCGGUCUAUGACCGCGUCCGCCAGACACACCGUCCCGCUCCGCAGUGCGGCUCAAAUUGCAGCGUUUCUGCUGGAGAGAGAGAAGCGUCGUGGUAACCAGGCAGCCUCCUACAUCUAUCAAGAGGACAAUAGGCGCUCAGAUAAUAAAUCCGGCAGAAGUGAAGAUUUCCAGGACUUUCAGUUUCUCCAUAACAUACGUCAACGGCUGAAGAACCAAAAACCCUAAACGGAUUCCAUCGCAAAGACUGCUAGAUAACGGAACUGGCGCCUCAUGAUCAUGUGACCACACCCCAUCUUAUCCCAAUAAAGUAACUUAUAUUGUCAGCCAUGAGGUCUGCGCCGCAGCUUCUUCCAUCUCUUCACGUUGCACAAAUGACCUUGUGCCGGUAACUCAGGUCAUUAGAGUCGGGUCAGGAUCUUCAGCUGUAAUUAAGACUCAAAAGGCAUAAAAACGCAACGAUACAGGGACACAACAAUAGUGAAGGGAACUACAGAUACCAGAGAACUGCAUCAACAGUAGAUCUAGUGACUGGAUCCAACGUCAUUGUAAAGGGAAUCGGGCUGUGGGAGUCACCUCAUAGCUACAUAGUAAUGGCGGUAGACACUGGACUGAGUACUAUGGAUAUCUAUUCAAGCUGUGAAAAGAACCUACUGCUGGGAGGUCCAGGAUUCCCCAUUGCGCGUGAAUCGCUAACCUCAGAUACAGUCAUGUGGUAACAAUGGCUGCAGACACUGGACUGUGCUCUACAGAUAUGUAGCCAAGCUGUGGGCCUCAUGGAUUCCAUUAUGCUAGAUGUGACACAUGGCACAUUUGCCUUUAAAGGGGUACUCCCCCCCCCCAAGACAUCUUAUCCCCUAUCCA